AUGGAGUUGGAUUGGAUCAAGAGAGUCAGAAUUGUACGAGACAUUGCGCAAGCUUUAUCUUACUUACAUCAUGAUUGUAAUCCACCUAUCAUUCAUCGAGACAUAACAAGCAACAAUAUUCUUUUGGAUGAAGAGUACCAGGCUUGUGUUUCAAACUUUGGUAUUUCUCGACUGUUAAAACCUAAUUCAUUACAUUGGAGUUUGCUUGCGUGCACAUAUGGGUACAUGGCACCAGAGCUUGCCUAUGCCAUGAGAGUGACUGAAAAAUGUGAUGUAUAUAGUUUCAGAAUUGUAGCACUUGAAGUGAUAUGUGGAACGCAUCCUGGGGAUCUUCUAAGCAAUUUAUCAUUGAGUAUGCUAGUGAAAGAUAUCCUCGAUCCACGUCUUCCUUUUCCCCUUCAUAUAGCUGAUCAACAAGACUUGUCCGUCAAGAAUUUAUCAAUUCAAGAAGGAGGAUAUAACGCAGAGCUUGAUUCUCAUUUGAAUUCAUUAAGAGAGAAGCUUGUUGCAGUUAGGAAAGAAUCUUUAGAGUUUCACAGAGAGAUCCAAGCUCUGGAAAAGCAGGCUUGCCUUAACAACAGUUAUGAUGCAUCCCUUGCUGAGACGUUAUUCCUAUAUGAGCAGAACUUAACGCAUAAGAUGUUUCAAGUUUGGAAGAGAAGGAUGCAAGACUUGUUGAUUGUGCAAGACCUGUAUCUCCUUGUUAAUGGAAAAGCAAAGCCAGGGAGUAUGAUUGAUGAUGAAUGA